AAAAGCCCAAAAAUGAAAUACUUUUGGUAUUUUAGUUUGGCAUUCAUUUGCUCACUAGUAAGGUGGGGUCAAGCAGAAAUUGAUCCUGUAUCUUUUAUUUACUACAGCAAACAUCAUCGAAAUACAUCAGAUCCUCUUAAAUCAGAUGUUCUUGAAGUUUUUAACCCACGAUUACCUACAAUAGUUUUAGUUCAUGGGUGGAAACAAAAUUAUAAAGCCGAUAAUAACUAUUUCAUCAGAGAAGCUAUUCUAUCGAAACUUGAUGCUAAUAUCAUUGUAGUAGAUUGGAGCCCACUAUCUAAAAAAGAAUAUUCUACUGCAAGAGAUGCAGUACCAUUUGUAGGAAGGCUGGCUGCUAAAUUACUCGAUAAAAUAUCUAAUAAAUUUGGGUAUUCUUUAAGAAAAGUUACCCUGGUUGGUUUCUCUUUGGGAGCUCACGUUUGCGCUGCUAUUGGCAAAACCUUGCACGGUAAAAUUGGAGUAUUCACAGCUCUGGACCCUGCGGGCAUUGGUAUCAACCCUUUUGAUCAUGAUUAUUGUGUAUAUAAAACUGAUGCUCAAUAUGUUCAAGUCAUCCAUACAGAUGGUAAUUUUUAUGGAAUGUUAGAAGCCGUUGGAGACUCGGAUUUCUAUCUAAAUGGAGGUGUAAACCAGCCUGGUUGUGAUGAUGAAGAUGAUGAAAAAUGCUCUCAUAAAAGAGCAUGGAAAUAUUUUGUGGAAUCUAUCAAUAACAAUACAUUUUUUGCUACUCAAUGUCAUAGCUGGCGUGAUUAUAAAGAUGGAAGCUGCCGUGGUAAAAGGAGGUUAAUGGGUGGUUUUCAAACUGUUGAUGUAUCGGCUAGAGGAAAAUUUUAUUUGAAGACGAAUAGUGCUUCUCCGUACGGGCAACAUUGAGUAGAUAUAAUGUAGGUACUUAUUCUUUUGAGCACAGAGCAUUUAUUGAAAUAAAUAAGUAUGUUUUGACCGA